GAGCUGACAGACUACGACUGCCGACACCUUAGCCCCAGCUGGCCCAGGAAACUGCUGCGGUAGCAGGUGGCGGCGGCAGGAGGGCGCGGCUGCCCCGAGCGCCCGCCAGGCUCCUGCCCUGAGAAGAUGGCCUACUAUGGAAAAUGCAUUGAAACUGUGAUCGAGCAACUCGACAAAUUUACACCCAAGAGGGAUAACCCCGAGCAGUUCCUGGAGGCUGCGGCCACCUCCCUGCAGGCUCUGAGCCCCCAGAAGCAGGGCUUUGUUUUGGAGGUGCUGUCUGGGUGCCUCGAGUACCGGAAGCUGCUGACCAUUGUGGUGGAUGCCUUCUACGUGGAGGAUGGCCGACUCUGCCUGCGGGCUGACCACAGCCGCUUCGAGGUGAUCUGCUACCUAGCCACAUUCCUGCUGGAGGAACUCGGCUUCCAGCUGUUCUGUAACAUCAUCAAGUCCCAGCCCGUGGAUAAGAUGUGCAAGUUCCUCAGGUUCUUCUUCAACCCCCUGCACCUGUGCUCAUGGAUCAAGGAUGAGUGGAGCCUCAUCUACGAGCCGGCCCACGUGAAGGAGAACUGGAUCGACCCCCUGAUGAAAUGGCAGCCAGAGGUCCAGGAGCUGAUCAACCACCUGGAGGGUGUGUCUGCCAGUCAAUCCUCUCCUUUAAAGACCAAGGCCAAGGUCACAGAGCCCAAGGAAUUCAACCUGACUGCCCCCAGGCCCCGCACCAUUCCAGCGCCCGAACCAGUCCCAGUCAUGGCCAAGCCAAGACCAGUCCCCCAGAGCACCUACCAGCCACCCAAGGAGCAGCAGCAGCUGGAGACGGUCAAGAGGUACAACCGCCGAAAGGCCGAGGAGCUGCUGCUGAGGGCAAACAUUGAGGAACUGCGCUGCGCCAUGCCCAGGUCCUGCAGGGAGCCAGUGCAGGGCUCCAAGCAGCAGCUGCAGCUUCAAUUCCCACCCCGAAUCCGAAAGACUCCGAAGCUGACCUUCUAUAGGCCCAACAACGUCCUGGUCAAGCUGAACACCACAGCCAUCCUGCGAGAAGGGGCCUUGUACCAGCGGCAGGUGGAGCAGGAGCUGCAGAGGGUUGAUAAGCUCGUGGACGGGGCUGGGGACUUCUCUGAGUUCUUCGAGUGGCAGAAGAAGAUGCAGGCGAAGGACCGGGAGGAGCAGCUGGCUGCAAGCGAGUGCCGGCGGUUGCAAGGGAAGCUUAGCCAUGAGGAGGCCAUCCUGGCCCGGCAGAGCCUGAUGCAAGAGAACAAGCAGAGAGUGGAGCAGCAGAAGGAGCAGAUGGCCAAGCUGAUGCUGCAGCGCGCAGAGAGACGGCUCCAGGAGGACAGGUCCAGGAAGGAGCUGGUGGAGCAGGUGAUAGAGGGGCAGAAGAACGCCAAGGCGGCCCAGACGAAGCUCGUGAAGGGCCGACAGCAGACAGUUCAGGAGGCGAUCGAGGAGAGUAGGGGGCUGCUGCAGCGCAGGGCGCAGGCGGCCCAGGAGGAGCACCAGCGCCGUCGUGAACUCAUCUCCCAGCUGCGCGCACUCGAGACGCAGCCCACGCGCAAGGGCAAGCUCGUGGACCUGACCCAGAUCCCUGGCUACGGCCUGGAAGGAGAGAUGUCCGUAGUGGAGCUGCGAGAGCGGCUGGCCCUGCUCAAAGAGAAUCAGCGGCGCAAGGAGGAAGAAAAGCGGGAUCAAAUCAUUCAGGGCAAGCGCAUGAAGAGCCAGGAACUGCAGAACACGGUGGAGCAGAUCUCGCUGUGCCGUGCAGCCAUGGGGAGAUCCACAGCCUUGAGGUGCGAGGAGAAGAAGGCCCUUGCGGCGGCCCCGGCGGCGCCCUCGCAGGACGACCGCGUGCAGCAGCUGCGGCGCAGGAUCUCGGAGAGGGCGGCCGAGCGCAGCAGGCAGGCGGCCUUGCUGCACGUGUCGGUGCCGCGGGCCGCGCGCCCCAAGCCCCGGGCGCAGCUAGAGGCGCAGCACUGGCUGGAGCUGGAGCGGAGCCGCGAGCGCAGGCUGCAGGCGCUGCAGCAGGGAGGCUCAGGACCCGGGCCCGCGCGCCGCCUGGAGGCCGCCUGAGCCGGGCCGAGGGCGCCCCACCCGCUUGCGGGCCACCCCCCACACCCACCGCCCCCAAUAAAGCGUGGCGGCCCGCGGUGCGCGCCUCCUCUUCCUUGGCCGGGACCCCCUCGGCCCUGGCCCCCGUGCCUCCGCACCCCGACCGCACCCCUCUCCCUCCCUAGUCCCCGUCUGCCCAGAAAAGGAUUGCCGGAUAAAAGGCAGGACGCCCAGUUACUGCGUGGGGACAAACUCAGGCUAAAAAUGUAUCCUCUCCUUAUCGGGAAUUCAACUUAACUGGGCAUCCUGCAUUUUUAUAAGCGAAAUCUGGCCACCCCGGCCCAGGUCCUAGCACUUCCCUACAGCCUAGCAUAAGGCAUUCCUGGUGCGCACCCCUUCGAAACUCCCAGAACCCCUUCAGAUGUGGAAAUUUGGAACCCCCACCCUUUGCCGGCAUCCAGGUGGCUUCACCUAGGGAACCCCCAAGACUGAGUGGCGACUGUGAGUGUGCGUUUGGCUGGGGAAGUGGCCAGGAUUCUUGAGCGCCAACAUUGCACUGGCCCUGCACGCGCCUCCACCAUCCUCACUGCGGUCCAGGGACGUAGGAACUGGCCUGCCCCUGUUCUGCUGAUGAAGUCACAGGUGCUCAAAGAGGCGAUGUGACCUGCCUAGAGGGCCAAAACCCAGAGCUGCGCCUGGGUGACUUUAGAGCACCCCCUCCUCCCCUUUCUCUAGCAUCAGAAGCAGCCUGGAUCCAACAAGAUCAGGGCCAAUGGAGGCAGGACUUCACCCAGGGCAGGGACCAAGAUGGAUUGGUUCUGCAGUGUCCCAGGACUCCGUGGGCUAGAGAAGGCUCCACCUUGAGGACAGGCUUGCUGAGUGAAUGCCUGCUGGUGACAGCCUCAAGAAGAAAGUACAUUAAGCCACCUUCUUCCCAGGAAAGAGAGAAAAGCGUCAAGUCCGUGGGUUGGUGAACAGAGCAGUAAGGGGUUGGGGAGUGGAAACUGACAGAUAAGAUAGAUGUCCAGGGGAGAUAUAUUUCCGUCCCCAACUCCCAAUAUCCUCCUUGGGCCUGCAGAGGAGAUGGCGCCUCAGAUGAGGAGGCUGAGUCCCAGGGUACACUCAGACCAGGAAGGCAGGCAUCUCAGCAGUGACAAGAACAGGCUAAAGGACCAGAGCCCUACUCCAAUAUUCUGAGUUUGUGAGAACCCCAGGAUUUUACCACCCAGGUGGGUAAGGAGAAGAAUUUCCACAUCUCUGUAGAAUUACAGCUGGGAGCAGAUUCCAUUUCAUUUAAAGAAACAAACAUUGGCCAGGCAAGGGGGCUCAAACCUGAAUCCCAGCAUUUUGGGAGGCUGAGGCAGGUGGAUCACCUGAGGUCAGGAGUUUAAGACCAGCCUGGCCAA